AAAACCUGUCUAGGGUUUAGCAAAAUUCUCCUUCAUUUUUCUUCCUUCUUUCCUCCCUCAAUGUUUUAAAACUUCACUUUUUCGAGGGGCACCGACUCUCUCCAAAUGAAGCAGAUUCGCUUGAUUAAAAUCCUUUUCAUUAGAAUGAUCAAUAUAGUUCGAGAUACACCAAAAUUCAUUCUUCUAGCAACAUCAUCAAUCCUAGUUCUUUUCACUAUAAUUCCUCUUUACUAUCCUAAUCUAAUCUCUUAUUCUUCUUCUUCCUGGAGCGAUUUGAAACUGGGAUGCGAUAUUUUCCGGGGAGAGUGGAUUUGGAAUCCAGAAGCAACAUAUUACACAAACGUAACUUGUAAUUAUAUUCAUGAUCAUCAGAAUUGUAUGAAGUAUGGCCGGCCUGAUACUGAUUUCUUGAAAUGGAGGUGGAAGCCAAAUGAUUGUGAAUUACCUAUCUUUAAUCCGGUUCAGUUUCUGGAGCUUCUUAGAGGGAAAUCGAUGGCAUUUGUUGGAGAUUCUGUUGGAAGAAAUCAAAUGCAGUCGUUGAUGUGCCUCCUAUCUAAGGUGGAAAAUCCAGUAGAGGUUUCAGCAAAUGAUGAGUGGCAUUUUAAACGAUGGAAGUAUACCAAUUACAGCUUCACUGUUUCAACUUUUUGGACACCUUAUUUAGUAAGAUCUGAACAAGAAGAAGUAAAUGGACCGACAAACAGUGGCCUCUUCAAUUUAUACCUAGAUGAAUUCGACCUAAAAUGGACAACUAAGCUACAUGAGUUCGACUAUGUAAUCCUCUCUGCUGGACAUUGGUUCUACCGUCCCGCUAUGUUUUAUGAAAAUGGGAAGCUAGUAGGCUGCUUUUAUUGUUUGCGCGAUGGUGUCAAAGAUUUCCCAAUGUCUUAUGGCUAUGCAAAGGCAUUUCAGACGGCAUUUAAAGCGAUAAACAGUUCACCAAAGUUUAAGGGUAAGACGUAUUUAAGAACAUUUGCACCUUCGCAUUUUGAAGAUGGAACGUGGAAUCAAGGGGCAAAUUGUCUUAGAAAGAAGCCAUUUAAGAGUAAUGAAACUCAGUUGGAACCUAAAGGUUUGUCCUUGUACAAUGCUCAGAUGGAGGAAUAUAGGGUGGCAAAAGAAGAAGGGAAGAAGACGGGAAAGAGAUUUAGGUUACUCGAUACGACACAGGCAAUGUUACUGAGACCAGAUGGACACCCAAGUAGUUAUGGGCAUUGGCCACAAGAGAAUGUGACUUUGUAUAAUGAUUGUGUUCAUUGGUGUCUGCCUGGACCUAUUGACUCAUGGAGUGAUUUUCUACUGGAGAUGUUGAAGUUGGAUAAGUGAGACUUGUUGAUGAAUUUUGAUUUUUGAGAAAAUAGAGUGAUUUUUUUGUCCAAUUCUCUUCUUUUCCAAUAGAGUGAUUUCUAUUCUAAAUCUCAUCGAUUUGUAUGGUACUAUGACAAAGGAAUCCAGAUUGGUUUAACACCCAAGUAUUGGCCA